UCGCCCGCCGCCCCCAGACAGUGGCAAACUUCGCGGCGUCCCCGGAGCUCGCCAGGACGAGACUGAUAUCUCACAAAUAAAAACCAGUCCAGUCCCCCCAUCCCAGCCCGAAUCAUGGAGGCUGUGGCCGCCGGAGUGCCGCCGCCGCCGCCGGCCCCUGCCCACUAGCCGGGGACCAACAGCGCCACAGCGAGCGAGCGAGGAGGGGGAGAGAGGGAGUCUGUCUGCAAAGUGCUGCUCCCUGGUGCUCAGAGGCGGCUGCUCCAGCUCCAACUCUCAUUCAUUUCGCCGGUUAACAUGAGAGAUCAUGGCCGCCUUCGGGCUUCUCAGCUAUGAGCAGAGACCGCUGAAACGCCCCCGGCUCGGGCCGCCCGACGUCUACCCGCAGGACCCCAAGCAGAAGGAGGAUGAACUUACUGCUGUGAAUGUGAAACAAGGCUUCAACAAUCAGCCAGCCUUUACUGGAGAUGAACAUGGCUCAGCCAGAAAUAUUGUAAUUAACCCAUCAAAGAUUGCAGCUUAUUUCAGCAGCAUAUUAGCUGAGAAACUAAAGCUUAACACUUUCCAGGACACCGGAAAGAAGAAACCACAAGUUAAUGCUAAAGAUAAUUACUGGCUGGUUACUGCUCGAUCCCAGAGUGCAAUUCAUAGUUGGUUCUCUGACUUAGCAGGAAAUAAACCACUUGCUAUUUUGGCAAAAAAGGUUCCAAUCCUUAGUAAAAAAGAAGAUGUUUUUGCAUAUUUAGCUAAAUAUUCAGUGCCAAUGGUUCGAGCCACGUGGCUGAUCAAGAUGACGUGUGCCUAUUAUUCUGCUAUUUCUGAAGCUAAAAUUAAGAAACGUCAGGCUACUGAUCCUAAUUUGGAGUGGACACAAAUAUCUACCAGAUAUCUUCGAGAGCAGCUGGCCAAGAUUUCUGACUUUUACCACAUGGCUUCCAGCACAAGUGAUGGUCCUGUCCCAGUGCCACCAGAUGUGGAGCAAGCCAUGAAGCAAUGGGAAUACAACGAAAAGUUGGCAUUUCACAUGUUCCAGGAAGGAAUGCUAGAAAAACAUGAAUAUUUGACAUGGAUCUUGGAUGUGUUAGAGAAGAUCAGACCGAUGGAUGAUGACCUUCUUAAACUCUUGUUACCACUCAUGCUGCAGUAUUCGGACGAGUUUGUUCAGUCGGCUUACCUGUCUCGUCGUCUUGCCUACUUUUGUGCCCGGCGUCUUGCCUUGCUGCUGAGCGAUAGCCCCAGCCUCCUUGCUGCCCACUCGCCCCACAUGAUGAUAGGACCAAACAACUCAAGCAUCGGGGCCCCCAGCCCUGGCCCCCCUGGCCCCGUCAUGAGUCCCGUGCAGCUGGCCUUCUCAGACUUCCUCUCCUGUGCACAGCAUGGCCCCCUGGUUUAUGGACUUAGUUGUAUGUUGCAGACUGUCACUCUCUGUUGCCCAAGUGCCUUGGUGUGGAAUUAUUCCACAAACGACAAUAAGAGCGCGAACCCAGGCUCGCCCCUGGAUCUGCUGCAGGUGGCCCCCUCCAGUCUCCCCAUGCCGGGUGGGAACACAGCUUUCAAUCAGCAGGUUCGGGCAAGGAUUUAUGAGGUAGAACAGCAGAUAAAACAAAGAGGCCGUGCAGUGGAAGUUCGGUGGUCUUUUGACAAGUGCCAAGAGUCAACAGCAGGGGUGACCAUUAGUCGGGUUUUGCACACGUUGGAAGUGUUGGAUCGACAUUGUUUUGACCGAACUGAUUCCAGCAAUUCAAUGGAGACGCUUUAUCAUAAGAUUUUCUGGGCAAACCAAAACAAAGAUAACCAAGAGGUCGCCCCCAACGAUGAAGCUGUGGUGACCUUGCUGUGUGAAUGGGCGGUGAGCUGCAAACGGUCAGGCAAGCACAGGGCCAUGGCUGUGGCAAAACUCUUGGAGAAGAGGCAGGCGGAAAUCGAAGCAGAGAGAUGUGGUGAAUCAGAGGUCUUGGAUGAGAAGGAGUCCAUUUCUUCAGCCUCUCUUGCUGGAUCUAGUUUGCCUGUUUUCCAGAAUGUGCUACUAAGGUUUUUAGAUACACAGGCCCCCUCAUUAUCGGAUCCAAACAGUGAAUGUGAAAAAGUAGAAUUUGUGAAUUUGGUGCUGCUCUUCUGUGAGUUCAUCCGACACGAUGUCUUCUCCCAUGAUGCGUACAUGUGUACCCUCAUAUCUCGGGGAGACUUGUCAGUCAGCGCCUCGACUCGGCCGCGAUCGCCAGCAGGAGAAAACGUAGAUGAGCACUAUCCAAAGGACCAUGACAUGAAAAUGGAGGAACAGACUAUUAUGGCGCAUAUGGGCAUUGACUCAGGAACUACUAAUAUUUUUGAUGAAGUAGACAAGAAUGACUUUAAAACUGACUUUGGUUCGGAGUUUCCAAUUUUUUCUCCCAUGCCUGGAGAAUCCUGUGAGAAUGCCAACCCUUCCCUGGGCAGAAGAAUGUCGGUUAAUGGUGAGAAGUUGCUUAAGAGAGAAAAACCCAGGGAGUUGAUUUUUCCAUCUAAUUAUGACCUUCUGCGGCACCUGCAGUAUGCAACACAUUUCCCCAUACCUCUGGAUGAAUCUUCAAGUCAUGAAUGUAACCAGCGCACAAUCCUGCUUUAUGGAGUGGGCAAAGAGCGUGACGAAGCGAAGCAUCAGCUGAAGAAGAUUACCAAAGAUAUUUUGAAAAUCCUAAAUAAGAAGAGCACCACAGAGACAGGGGUUGGAGAUGAAGGACAAAAAACCAGGAAGAACAAACAGGAAGCAUUUCCAACUCUGGAGACUGUGUUCACAAAACUUCAGCUCCUUUCAUAUUUUGAUCAGCAUCAAGUGACAUCUCAGAUCUCCAAUAAUGUGCUGGAACAAAUCACAAGCUUCGCUUCAGGAACAUCCUAUCAUCUCCCUUUGGCUCACCAUAUUCAACUCAUCUUUGAUCUUAUGGAGCCAGCGCUGAACAUCAAUGGACUAAUUGACUUCGCAAUACAGCUGCUAAAUGAACUGAGUGUUGUGGAAGCCGAACUGCUCCUGAAAUCCUCCAGCCUGGCAGGAAGUUACACGACGGGACUGUGUGUGUGCAUUGUGGCUGUUCUCAGGCGGUACCAUAGUUGUCUGAUCCUGAAUCCUGAUCAGACAGCCCAGGUGUUUGAAGGGUUGUGUGGUGUGGUAAAGCAUGUUGUGAACCCCUCAGAAUGUUUCCCCGAGAGAUGCAUCUUAGCCUACCUCUACGAUCUCUAUGUGUCAUGUAGCCACCUCAGAAGUAAAUUUGGAGACCUCUUCAGUAGUGCCUGUUCAAAAGUUAAGCAAACCAUAUAUAAUAAUGUGAUGCCUGCAAAUUCUAACUUGAGAUGGGAUCCGGACUUCAUGAUGGAUUUUAUUGAGAAUCCUUCAGCUCGUAGCAUCAAUUACUCAAUGCUGGGCAAGAUCCUUAGUGACAAUGCAGCCAAUCGCUACAGCUUCGUCUGUAACACGCUCAUGAAUGUAUGUAUGGGCCAUCAGGAUGCUGGAAGGAUUAACGACAUAGCCAAUUUCUCCUCUGAGCUGACAGCUUGCUGCACUGUUCUUAGUUCAGAAUGGCUGGGAGUUCUGAAGGCUCUUUGUUGUUCUUCAAAUCAUGUGUGGGGGUUUAAUGAUGUACUUUGCACUGUAGAUGUGAGUGACCUUUCAUUCCAUGAUUCAUUAGCUACUUUCAUUGCUAUUCUGAUAGCACGACAGUGUUUCUCCCUGGAGGACGUCGUGCAGCACGUCGCACUUCCCUCUCUCCUAGCAGCAGCUUGUGGAGAUGCAGAUGCUGAGCCGGGGGCGAGAAUGACAUGCCGACUCCUGCUUCAUCUCUUCCGAGCUCCCCAGGCCUGCUUGUUACCUCAAGCAACCGGCAAACCUUUCCCUGGAAUAAGAUCAUCUUGUGAUAGACACCUCUUAGCCGCCGCUCACAAUAGCAUUGAAGUGGGAGCCGUGUUUGCUGUCUUAAAAGCAAUUAUGAUGCUUGGAGAUGCCAAAAUUGGCAAUAACAAUGUCAGCUCUUUAAAGAAUGAUGACUUCACCAUGAGAGGUUUACGGCGUGAUGGGAAUGCUGAUGAUAUCUGGACUGCUUCACAAAAUUCAAAAUCCUGUGGGAAAAGCAUUUCCAUAGAAACUGCCAAUUUAAGAGAAUAUGCUAGAUAUGUACUGAGGACUAUCUGUCAACAGGAAUGGGUAGGAGAACAUUGCCUAAAAGAACCUGAAAGGUUGUGCACAGACAAAGAGCUUAUAUUGGACCCUGUGCUUUCAAAUAUGCAAGCACAGAAAUUAUUGCAGCUUAUUUGUUAUCCUCAUGGUAUUAAAGAAUGUACGGAGGGCGACAAUCUGCAGAGACAGCACAUUAAGCGAAUUCUUCAGAAUCUUGAGCAGUGGACACUGAGGCAGUCCUGGCUAGAACUUCAGUUAAUGAUCAAACAGUGCUUGAAGGACCCUGGCUCUGGUUCAGUGGCUGAGAUGAACAACUUACUGGACAAUAUUGCAAAGGCAACAAUAGAGGUAUUCCAGCAGUCUGCCGACUUGAACAAUAAUUCUUCUAAUUCUGGAAUGGGCCUCUUCAACCCAAAUGGGAUUGCAACUACUGAUGCUGGUAGCACAAGGCAGAAUGGAAUAAAGACAUUUCUAAGUUCCUCUGAACGCAGGGGUGUAUGGCUGGUGGCCCCCCUAAUUGCCAGGCUGCCGACCUCUGUGCAAGGAAGAGUAUUGAAAGCUGCAGGAGAGGAACUGGAGAAGGGACAGCACUUGGGCUCUUCUUCAAAAAAGGAAAGAGACAGACAAAAACAGAAAAGUAUGUCUCUUUUGAGUCAACAACCUUUCCUCUCACUGGUCCUUACCUGCCUUAAGGGACAAGAUGAACAACGGGAAGGCCUCCUAACAUCUCUUCAGAAUCAGGUUAAUCAGAUUUUAAGUAAUUGGAGAGAAGAACGAUACCAGGAUGACAUAAAAGCACGGCAGAUGAUGCAUGAAGCAUUGCAACUUCGCCUAAAUUUGGUAGGAGGAAUGUUUGACACGGUGCAGAGGAGCACCCAGUGGACAACAGACUGGGCCCUCCUCCUGCUUCAGAUCAUAACUUCUGGAACUGUUGACAUGCACACUAACAAUGAAUUAUUCACAACAGUUCUUGACAUGCUGGGUGUGUUAAUCAAUGGAACAUUAGCCUCAGACCUAUCAAAUGCAUCCCCAGGGGGAUCUGAAGAGAACAAACGUGCAUACAUGAAUUUAGUAAAGAAACUGAAGAAAGAGCUAGGAGACAAGAGAUCAGAAAGUAUUGACAAAGUUCGACAGUUGCUACCUUUGCCAAAACAGACAUGUGAUGUCAUUACUUGUGAACCUAUGGGUUCCUUGAUUGACACAAAGGGAAACAAAAUUGCUGGAUUCGACUCCAUAGAUAAAAAACAGGGUCUUCAGGUGUCUACAAAGCAGAAGGUGUCCCCAUGGGAUUUGUUUGAGGGUCAGAAGAACCCAGCUCCUCUGUCUUGGGCCUGGUUCGGGACUGUCCGAGUGGACCGAAAGGUGAUCAAGUACGAGGAGCAGCAUCACCUGCUGUUGUAUCACACACACCCCAUGCCCAAGCCCCGAAGUUACUACCUCGAACCGCUGCCCCUGCCUCCCGAGGAGGAAGAGGAGGAGCCCACAUCUCCCAUCUCUCAGGAACCAGAGCGGAAAUCAGCUGAGCUGUCAGAUCAGGGAAAAACCGCAACAGAUGAAGAGAAGAAAACAAAAGGAAGGAAGCGCAAGACGAAAUCAAGCUCAAGAGUUGACGAGUAUCCACAGAGCAACAUAUACCGAGUGCCUCCUAACUACUCACCCAUUUCCUCCCAGAUGAUGCACCAUCCGCAGUCCACCUUAUGGGGCUAUAACCUCAUGGGUCAGCCCCAGCAGCCGGGUUUUUUCCUUCAGAACCAAUCUCUUACUCCAGGUGGUUCUAGAUUGGACCCCACGGGCUCCUUCGUCCCAACGAAUACCAAACAAGCUCUGUCCAACAUGCUGCAGCGGCGCUCGGGGGCCAUGAUGCAGCCGCCGCCCCUCCACGCCAUCACAUCGCAGCAGCAGCUGAUACAGAUGAAGCUUCUGCAGCAGCAGCAGCAGCAGCGGCUUCUCCGGCAAGCCCAGGCUCGACCUUUCCAGCAGGGCCCGCCAGGGGACCAGGCUGCUCUCUUUGCUGCACAAGCACGGCCCUCCCCUCAGCUCCCCCAGUAUCCAGGGCUGCAGCAAGCACAGACCAUGCCCCAGGGCUAUACGAUGUAUGGAACGCAGAUGCCUUUGCAGCAGACCCCUCAGCAGCAGGCUGGUGGCGUAGUCCUGUCUCCUAGCUAUAACUCCAGGACCUAUCCGGCCACACAUUCCAACCCGGCGCUAAUGGAAAGACUCAGACAGAUGCAGCAGCAGCCCAGUGGCUAUGUUCAGCAGCAGGCGUCACCGUACCUGCAGCCCUUGACCAGCUCUCAGAGACUAAAUCAUCAGUCGCUUCAGCAGAGCCCUCUGGUAGGUGGAGGAAUCGAUGCAGUGCUCACUCCCACGCAUCCAAGCCUCCCCUCGGUGCCCCUGUCUCAGGACCCAAUGAGAACCAGACAGCCGCAGGUUCGACAGCAGCAGAGACUCCUCCAGAUGCAGCAGCCCCCUCAGCCCCAGCAGCCCCCGCAGCCCCAGAGUCAGACCCUUGGUCUCCAAGCGAUGCAGCCCCAGCAGCCUUUGUUUCCUAGGCAAGGCUUGCAGCAGACCCAGCAGCAGCAACAGACGGCCGCCCUGGUGCGGCAGCUCCAGAAGCAGCUUUCUAGUAACCAGCCACAGCAAGGAGUGACUCCCUAUGGGCAUCCAUCACACUUCUGAAUCUGGAAGAGGACAAGACCUAAAGUUUUAUGUUUGCACUGAAAAAUAGGAAAUCAAAUUUAAUGCAUCAGUCAUCUUUAGAAAUGUCCCUAUGUUCUUUUCUUUCUUUGAAGUUUUUCUAUAUUUUGUGCUACAUUUCAUAUAGAGGCAUUUAAACAAAGAGAAAAGGAGGAGGUGUGGUUUGGGGUUUUUUUUUGUUACUUUCAACUUUAAAGUAGGUAUAAAAAUGUGGAUCCUGCAGGCCUAUUCAAGGAAGAGCUUGGUAGCAGAUCUUUUGAAAUUGGUGCUUUUUCUUUUUUUUUGAAUCUCCUAGAAUGAAUUAUGGUGGAUUUAAAAUAUUCAUGUAUUCAUUAAUGAUGAAGGGUUUUUUUGUAGUUUGUUUUGUUUUGUUUUUUUCCCAAACUGCUGGACCAAACUACUGAUUUGAAAGGCAUGUCCAAUCUUGACAGGAGAGUAAUCCAUUUAUUCUACUUUCACCUGUGAUGGUGAAAUGGACAUCUAUUUGCAUUGCUCUAAUUUGAAAUGUUUGUAAUUUCAUAAGCACUUUAUAAACUUCGUUCUUAUUUAUGUAGGAUUUUUCUUUGCUUUUGUUGUGGUCAAAAGGUGCUGAAACAGAUUGUUGCUUAGUACUUAAAUUUCUUAGAUCAAGAACUUAAACCCAGGCUUCUGUGAGAGCCACCCUAAGAUCUGUGGAAGCCUGUUAGAAGUAGCUGUACUCGAGUUUGUUUUCAGUUACAAGAUCAUUGACCAGAGUCUUUGUGAAGGUACAACAUGUAAAAUUCUAAAGGCCCGAACAAGCCACAGUGGAAUUGUUCCCAUUAUUUAUUGCCAGAUUUGGCAAAAAGGACACUUGGUUCUCCUGAACCUUAUGCCAACUUGAGAACAAACAGUCUUGCCGCUGGCCUGAGAUUCCACAGCGCUCAAACUUGAUGUGGUUUCCAGAGAAUCUGGCCCCCAAGUCCAGAAGGCUCUGGUUUUCAUAAAGGUGUAUUUGCUGUUUAUUUUGUAUGGUAAGUAUUUGCUAUUUUGAAUUUAACUAUUAAUGUUGGUGUCAGUCUUGGUUGUGUAUUGCAUAUACUGUAUUUAUAAAUUGGUGCAAAAAGCACAAGUAAAUUAUACAUCAAAUUUAUUAUAAAGAAAUAGUAACUAUUUUAACUUUGUUCAAGUAUGUGGUAAUUUGCUCCUAUUAGAGUAAAAAAUACAGUAAAUUAUUAUCAGUUUGUGUAACUUAAGAGUAUUCCAUAUAAUAUUUUUUUAGAUUUAGAUGCAUAAAAUUUUGAAUGUGAAAAUUGCAGGGCAUUUUAAAACAUGUGGGGGAUAUUUUCCCAUGUUUUGUGUUAAUUCAUUUUCUUUUGCCAUAUAAUUUUACAUGUAAUGUAGUUGAGCAUACUGUGAAUAGACUUGUCUAUAAUGAGCAAACCACGUAGAACUACUUUUUUAAAACAUAGCUAGAACAACUUUAGAGCGUUUCUUUUGCAGAUCAUUAUAUAAAUAAUUUAUAUCUUCCUAGGUGAGUUACUCAUUGCAAAGUUUGACUCAUGCAAACGACCUCAAAUACAUGUCCGCUUACUUUGCUGUGGCAGCACCCAUGUGAACUGCUUUGUACACUGUGAAAUAAUGCACUCCAGCCUGCUCAUUUCAUGUUUACUCUGGGCUGGAAAAGACUUUGCCAAAACAUUAAAGACCAUUCUUUUCACUAAA